AUGCAAGCUACCAGCGAACUUCGGCGUACUGAUAGGCGUGCUACUGACCCACAACAUCUUUUAUACAUCGCUGCUAAAAUCAUGAGGUUGAGAGUUAGUAAAUGUGUCAACGUUGCGUUUAAGCAUGUUGGACAAGGUACUUCAAUUACGAAAGAGACCAUUCAAUCUGAAGAAUAUAUAAAUAAUUGUUUAGAAACAAAUCUCUCAUUUCUUCGAUGCAUACCAAAUUCUGCUUGGUUUUGGUCAGAUCGCAAAAAAGAUGUUUUUGCAAUGAUUAGGCAAUUAGGGCCACCAAAUGCUUUUAUGACUCUCAGCGCCAAUGAAAUUGGCUGGGAAAAUAUGUUGAAAUUAUUGUACAAAUUGAAAAACGAGGGAACGGAAAUUUCAGAUGAGUUUUUAGCAGAAAUGAGUUAUGUGCAUAAAGCUCAACUUGUGAAUGAAGAUGCCGUAACUUGUGCUAUCUAUUUUAAUAAAAUGGUAAAUUGUCUGUUAAAAAUUUUGCAAUCAAAGAAAAGAAGUCCAUUCGGAAAAUAUAGAGUAAUAAAUUAUUUCAAAAGAGUAGAAUUUCAACAUCGUGGUAGCCCACAUGCUCAUAUUCAACUUUGGUUGGGCAAUGUUCCUGAAGAUUCAUUAAGUAAUGAUCCCGAAAUAAUUUAA